GUGAGCCCUGCGGAGACGCACUAGAGGGACCACCCCCCAUUUCGCAUCUCGCUGAGUGGACUAUGGUGGCAGAAAGAUGUUGGCUCGGAAGAGUAUCAUCCCUGAAGAGUAUGUGCUGGCACGGAUCGCUGCUGAGAACCUGCGCAAGCCGCGCAUCCGAGACCGGCCACGCAAAGCCCGCUUCAUUGCCAAGAACGGGGCAUGCAACCUGGCACACAAGAACAUCCGCGAGCAGGGGCGAUUCCUGCAAGACAUUUUCACCACCUUGGUGGACCUGAAGUGGCGUCACACGCUGGUCAUCUUUACUAUGUCCUUCCUGUGCAGCUGGCUGCUCUUCGCCAUGAUGUGGUGGCUGGUGGCUUUUGCCCAUGGCGACAUGGACCCAAGCACAGAAAGCACUACGAACAGCACGAAGUGGACACCAUGCGUGACGUGUGUCAGGUCUUUCACCUCCGCUUUCCUCUUCUCCAUUGAAGUUCAGGUGACCAUUGGUUUUGGGGGCAGGAUGAUGACCGAGGAAUGUCCCUUGGCCAUCACGGUCUUGAUCCUGCAGAACAUUGUGGGUCUGAUCAUCAACGCUGUCAUGCUGGGCUGCAUAUUCAUGAAAACCGCACAAGCUCACAGGCGGGCUGAGACCUUGAUUUUCAGCCGGCAGGCGGUCAUUGCAGUUCGAAACGGCAAACUUUGCUUCAUGUUUCGAGUGGGAGACCUGAGGAAGAGCAUGAUUAUUAGCGCCUCAGUGAGAAUCCAGGUUGUGAGGAAGACUACGACCCCUGAAGGAGAGGUCAUACCCAUUCACCAAGUAGAUAUCCCUGUGGAUAACCCCAUUGAAAGCAACAAUAUUUUCCUUGUGGCUCCCUUAAUCAUUUGUCAUAUCAUAGACAAGCGGAGUCCUCUUUAUGAUAUCUCUGCUGCUGACCUGGCACUCCAGGACCUGGAGCUCAUUGUGAUACUUGAAGGAGUCGUAGAAACGACUGGCAUCACGACACAGGCGAGAACGUCCUACAUAGCAGAGGAGAUCCUGUGGGGUCACCGCUUUGUGCCCAUCGUCACCGAAGAGGAAGGCGUGUACGCAGUUGACUACUCCAAGUUUGGCAACACCGUCAAAGUGGCGGCACCACGUUGCAGUGCUCGAGAGCUCGAUGAGAAGCCAUCCAUUCUCAUCCAGACCCUGCAAAAGAGUGAGCUGUCCCACCAAAACUCCCUGCGGAAACGCAACUCCAUGAGGAGAAACAACUCCAUUCGGAGGAGCAACUCCAUGCGGAGAACAAAUCCUUCCCUCAUCGUGCCCAAAGUGCAGUUUAUCACACCCGAGGGGAGCCAGAGUGCCUCAGAAACGUGAUACACAGCUCUGUGCGAGGUCAGUGGGCUUCGGAAGGAGGAGGCACCCAUGGUGUUUUGUUUAAAUUUUCUUUUACUUAAGAAAAUGAGAACAUGAUGCAGAAAAGAACCGUGCAAGAACUGUUUAUUCUAUUACUUACUGAAAGCACCACCUAAUGGCAUUAGGAAACACUUUAGCACUUAGUGAAUGAAUUAAUUAAAAAUGGCACGUACACUAAAGAAAACACAGUUCACUCAUGUAAUAUAAUGUGUAUAUAUACUUGUUUUAAUGGCAUGCUAAUUUUUUUAAUCUUAUUUUUCCUAUCCAGGGUCUCUUUCGUAUCUUUUUCUGCUGGCUGUCACAAAAUGUGUUUU